AUGGACAACCGCAAGCUUGAGAAAGGCACCGUCAAUACUGAGCCACCAAUGUGGCUGUUCAAGGCGGUCGCGCUCUGCGAUUUCUAUCAGGGCCGUCAGCGACAAAGAGAUGGGUGGCCAUGGCACAGCUAUGCCAUAGGCGAGAUCUUCUAUGUCAUCGCCGAGGAUGGAGGCUACUGGCUAGCCAUCAAUAAAGAUGACCCAAAGAUGAAGACGGCGGUUAUCUGGGGCAAGAACUUCGCUCGAUUGGCAUAG